AUGCGUUUCCCUCACCCCGGUGCUCGUCUGGUCGACUUUUCUCCCAGCGAGCGUUUCAUGGUCACUUGGUCUCACGAGCCCAUCCAGGUACCCGACAACGCUCCCAUCGGCCCGCAGUUCUUUGGUCCUGAAGACGAGGGCAACCGUAUCGCCGUGUGGGAGGUCCGAACCGGCCACCUCUUGCGUACCUUCCCCGUCCCUCAGGAUGAGAGCGGUCAGCCUGGCCAGCUCAAGGGCUUCUCCUGGCCUUUCCUCAAGUGGAGCCCCGACGACAAGUACUGCGCGCGUCUCAACCCGGGCCAGGCCAUCAGCGUCUACGAGACUCCCUCCAUGGGCCUGCUCGACAAGAAAUCCAUCAAGAUCGAGGGCGUCGUCGACUUUGAGUGGUGCCCCAUGGGCGACAGGGACCGCGAGCUCGCCGAGGCUGGCAAGCCAAACAAGAAGGCUAGGGACAACAUGAUUGUCUACUGGCAGCCUGAGGUGGCCAACCAGCCCGCCCGUGUCACCGUCAUGGCCGUGCCAUCAAGAACCAUCCUGCGAUCCAAGAACCUCUUCAACGUCUCGGACUGCAAGCUUCACUGGCACCCGCAGGGCGACUACCUUUGCGUCAAGGUCGACCGUCACACCAAAACCAAAAAGUCCAUGUUCUGCAACCUGGAGAUCUUCCGCGUGCGGGAGAAGGAGUUCCCCGUCGAGGUUGUCGAGCUCAAGGACGCGGUCACCGCUUUUGCCUGGGAGCCGCAUGGAACCCACUUUGCAUUCAUCUCGAGCAACGACCCGCAGCUCGGCACACCGGCACCGGGUAUCACGAUUAAGACGCAGCUCAACUUUUACCACCUGCACCCCAAGGGCGACUUCCGUUUGCUCAAGGCGCUCGACAACAAGACGGUCAACACGCUCUUCUGGUCGCCGCGCGGCCGUCACAUCGUUGCGGCUACGCUCGGCAGCUCGCAAAAGUUCGAUCUGGAGUGGUACGACGUCGACUUCAUGCACGAGGUGCGACAGGGCAACCCUUCGGCCGAUCCGGCUGACGACGUCAAGCUGAUCGGCACAGGCGAGCACUACGGCAUCACCGACCUCGAGUGGGACCCUUCGGGACGCUACGUUGCCACCUCGGCAUCCGUCUGGCGCCAUUCGCUCGAAAACGGUUUCGCAAUUUGGGACUUCAAGGGCCAAGAGCUGCAAAAGCACAUCCAGGACCGCUUCAAGCAGAUCCUGUGGCGCCCACGACCUCGCACGCUGCUCACCAAGGAGGACCAGAAGAAGGUUCGCAAGAACUUGCGAGAAUACUCGAAGCAGUUCGAAGAGGAGGAUGCCGCCGAGGAGUCCAACUUGGCUUCGGCCGAGCGCGAGCUGUACCAGCGCAUCCUCGAGGAGUGGAAAGCAUGGCGUGGACGUGCUCGCCGCGAUCUCGAGCAGCUGCGCGCAGACCUUGGCCGCGAGCAAGUUGGCCAGAGCGUCGACCACGCCAAGAAGCUUGCCGAGGAGGCGACCGAAGAGGUGCAAGAGUGGAUCGAGGACAUCAUCGAGGAGACCGAAGAGGUGCUCGCCUGA